GUGGAAAAGUUUGGGAUAUAUCAUCAUGCAUGGUUGGUGAUUAUAUGAGUAUCUUUUGACUUCUCUCUCCAUUAGAGGAUUCACGAUCUUCUUCCUCCAUUCUUUUUCCAGAUUUGACAGAACUACAAAAUAGGGUGGAUUUGAGAAAGUUUGAUGUUGCAGAUUAAUCAAAUUCAUAAGUUUUUGUCUACGUGUCCAAAAAUCCUGGAGAGUCCAAUCUUAAGAGUUUUCAGAGGAACACUCAUAAUGGCUGAAUCUGCAAGCAACACCGGUUCAAGAAAGCUUAUUCAGAUUGAUGUGAGCUCGGAUUCGGUGUGUCCAUGGUGCUUUGUGGGCAAGAAGAAUCUUGACAAAGCCAUUGAAGCAUCUAAAGAUCAAUACAACUUUGAGAUUCGAUGGCGUCCGUUUUUCCUUGAUCCAUCUGCACCAAAAGACGGUGUGAGUAAGAAAGAGUUUUAUCGACAGAAAUAUGGAAACAGAUACGAAGGAAUGUUCGCCAGAAUGUCCGAGAUCUUUAAAGGUCUUGGAUUAGAGUUUGACACAGCCGGUCUCACAGGCAACAGUCUGGAUAGUCAUAGACUUAUACAUUACACCGGUAAACAAGCGCCGGACAAACAACAUAAACUUGUUGAGGAAUUGUUUAUCGGUUACUUCACGCAGGGAAAGUUCAUCGGUGACAGGGAGUUUUUGGUAGAGACGGCUAAAAAGGUUGGGAUAGAAGGAGCAGAAGAAUUCCUCUCAGACCCCAACAAUGGACUCACAGAGGUGAAAGAAGAACUGGCAAAGUAUUCUCGAAAUAUCACCGGAGUUCCAAAUUACACUAUCAAUGGGAAGGUGAAACUAAGCGGCGCACAACCGCCCGAAACAUUCCAGAGUGCGUUUAAAGCGGCCUCAGCUUGAAACACAAACAGUGAACUCAAGAGCUGUUGAAGUUUUACAUCUAUGGAGAUAGUCUGUUUCUGUUGUUUGAACUUUAAGUUAUUGACUUUUCAAGAAGUUGGUGUAAUAAAUUACUAAAACAGAUUUGUUCUGUGAUGGUUUGUCUAAAUAAUUCAGAGAAGUUGAUUUCAAACAUUCUUCUUC